AACUGGUCAUGAAUUGGUAUUUAUUCAACAUUCCAAGACGCCUCUGGAGACCAUUGAGGCGAAAAAAUUCCUCUUUGGCUUUCAUAAUUCUUUGGAUUUCAAUUCGUUGUUUUCUUUGGGUUUCAAUUGUUUUUCUCGCUGGAUUUGUAGUUUUUUCAGAUGGAGUGUUCUGCCAUGGCCACCAACAGGGGAGCAAUUGCAGGGAGCAGUAAUCCUUCAACGAAUUUGGGCAGUUUUUCUUCUUCGUCACUGAGACGUCUUGCAAUGAAUUCUGUGUAUCAUGAUCGCGGCCAUUUGCAAUAUUAUGCUGGAGCUCUAAAGGUCUACUGUGGAAAGAAGGCUAAAUUAGAAAAGCAAAAGCUCAAGGGUCUUGCUGCUCUGCAUGACGGAUCUUUAUCAGAGAAGAGAACGACGAAGCUGCUGGAAUUAGUUUCCAUGGAUCUUGCGGCCCUGUCAAAUAAGCUUUCUGAGAGUGGCGAUGCGGAGAAACCCCUCGUAGAACAAGUCAGACAACAAAUUUUCUCGGAAGCUUUGGAGGUUUUGAUGACUCAAUUGGAACAAGAAAAGGCAGAGCGAAAGCAGAGGAAGAAUGAAAAGAAAUUGCAGAAAGCGGCGGCGAAGGCUCUAAAGAUGCAGCAGAGAAAGUGUGAAGAUAGUUCUUCAUCGUCCUCUGAAUCGAGUGGCAGUGAAUGUGAGGAGAUUAAUAUGGCAAAUCUGCGUAUGAAUCGGAUUCCUGAGCAGGUGGUUUGCCCUGAUGUCAUGCCUGUUAAAUUGCUGGAAAACCCUCUAAAUAUAGGAGGAUUGGAUCGGGAAUUUGCAGAGACUAAGGAAAAAUUAGGGUUGAGCGGAGUGGAGACUGAGGGGCAGCGGCAGGUGCAGGUUUGCAUGGGGGGAAAGUGCAAGAAAUUGGGGUCUGAGCAAUUGCUGGCUGCGUUUGAGGAGAGCAUACAGAAAUCUGGAAUGGGAUGUAGCAUACAGGCUGUGGGCUGCAAAUGCAUGGGUAAGUGCAAAACUGCACCUAAUGUGAAGACGCAGAAUGAAUUUUCCAAAGAAUUGCAUGUGGGUGUUGGGAUAGGAGAUGUUGAUUUGGUUUUGGAUCAUCAGUUUGGAUUGAAACCAGAGAAGGAUGAAUUGAAGAACAAGAUGCUUGUUCAAUGUUGAUUUUUUUGUUUUCUGGGGUUUGUUCGAAUUUAUGCCCCAUAGAACGUGGAAGAAUUCUUUCAAAUUGUAUAUAAACUUCCGAUUAGUAUUUGUAUGUGAUCCUUUCUCGAAUGCUGGAUGAAUAAAUGUUUUAUAUUCUUUGA